AUGGAAGAUCACGAAAGCCAGAGAAAACUCAGAAUCCUGUGCCUCCAUGGAUUCAGGACUAGUAGUGAAAUUCUCAAGCAAUUAGUCUUAAGAUGGCCUGAACCUGUCUUACAAAAGCUGAACUUUGUAUUCCUCGAUGGCCAGUUUCUCGCACAGGGAAGAUCUGAUGUUGAAGGCAUUUUUGACCCUCCUUAUUAUGAAUGGUUCCAAGCCAAUGAGGACUUCACUGAGUAUACCAACUUUGAAGAAUGUUUAGUAUACAUUGAAGAUUACAUGCUGAAAAAUGGUCCUUUUGAUGGUUUAUUGGGUUUCUCUCAGGGAGCAGUUUUAGCAGCUGCAUUGCUAGGAUUGCAAGCACAGGGUGUGGCACUUGGGAAGGUGAACAAGAUCAAGUUCCUGAUUGUGAUAUCAGGAGCUAAGUUUGGUGGAAGAAAGUACGGAAUGCCUAAACUGGCUGCUAAUCCAUAUUCAAAACAAAUGGAUUGCCCGUCUCUUCACUUUAUAGGGGAGAAGGAUUUUGCGAAGCCAGACAGCAUUGCUUUGUUGGAAGCAUUCAAGGAUCCUAUGGUGAUUCACCACCCUAAAGGGCACACAGUUCCUAGACUUGAUGAUAAGGGUCUUCAAACUAUGCUCGGUUUCAUUAACACAAUUCAGACUAGGAAGACCUGUUCAAGACUUUAAUCUUUAUGGAGACCUUUGUCGUUCUACAAUACUUGGGAAACUACGAAACUUCACUGCAGAAACCGUAUAUAAUAAUAAAAAAAAUUCACCUAAAAACUCAAAUAUAUGAAGCUGGCAGCAAUCGAUGGUUAAA